GGAAAGUAGUCUUGUUAUCCUAAUGUGCCUGAAUGGGUAGAACCACUUCCUCCUUCUCACUCCCCAACUGAGACCCCUCCAACGUUGGUAGGUAGAGAUGGGAGAUGGGGGGUCAGCACCCAGGGUGGGCACUGGGAGUUUCUGUCGCUGUCUGUGGGCCGAGCCCUCUCUCCCCAAGGCAGAAGUCUGUCUUCUAGAGAACACCUGGAAGGAAAGCCUCACGGAGUGGGGCCUUCUCUGCCAUUCGUCACUACUGUGGAGCCUUUCCUUGGGUUUGGGAGGGGGAAGGUGCAGGGCUAAUCGGUGGCAUUUGGGAGGGCAGGAAAAAUCGCCCGGCACCCACAUGCCCUCCGUCUGGGAUCAGAGCCCAGGCCGCUGGAGGCCGGCUCGGUGAAGCACAUGAUAGAUGACAAAGACGAUGAAAUGGCGGCUUGAGAGCCCCCACUCCCCACCCCCACCCCCAUUCUAGUCCCGGAUCUGCCACAAGUUGUCACACCUUGGGCAAAUCACUUCCCACACCCAGGCUCAUGUUCCUUUACCUGUGAAAUUGCAGGUUGUCUACCACGAUCUGGGCGAUCCCUUUCAACCCUGAGGGCCGUCAACUCCAGGGUGAACUCAGGGUUGGAGGGCUCGAGCCUCACUCUGUCCCCCCGCUCCUCCCUAAUGCCCGCUCCAGCCUGAGGCCGCCUUCCCUGGGACAGACAGCUAGGGCAGCCGGGGCUAUUUAGGGCAUGGCCUGCGUGCACUCCCCUGCCCCUCCCACACUAGGCCUCUGCCUGGGCCCGGUGCCUGCCUGACCAGUCGGUCAGCGGCAUCUCCCCGAGUCCUGCUUCUUCGGCUCUCUCUCUCCCAGAGAUGGGCUAUGCCUGGGAGAAGGAGCUCCCCUCCCCGCUGGGGACGCCGUCUGGGGUGCCUUCCUUCGGCCCCAGCCUGCCGGGUCUGGGGGUCGCAGGCCUGCCCAGCCUGGGAGCCAACUCGGCCGUCGCCACUACUGUGCCGUGACAUGGCCUUGCAGAAUGCCCUGUACACCGGAGACCUGGCGAGGUUACAGGAGCUGUUUCCCCCACAUAGCACAGCCGACCUGCUGCUGGAGUCCCGGGCCGCCGAGCCUCGCUGGAGCAGCCACCAGAGGGGAAUCUGGUCUCUGACGUACAAAGAGGAGCUGACCACCCCUCUGCACGUGGCCGCCAGCCGGGGCCACACGGAAGUUCUGCAGCUGCUGCUGAGGCGGCGGGCAAGGCCUGACAGCGCCCCAGGGGGCCGCACCGCCCUGCACGAAGCCUGUGCUGCGGGCCACGCUGCCUGUGUCCACAUGCUGCUGGUGGCAGGAGCCGACCCCAACAUCCCUGACCAGGAUGGAAAACUCCCCUUGCACCUCUGCCAGGGGGCCGGCACCCUUGAGUGUGCGGAACUGCUCCUGAGGUUUGGGGCGAAAGUGGAUGGUCGGUCUGAGGAGGAGGAGGAGACCCCUUUGCAUGUAGCCGCGCGGCUGGGCCAUGUGGAGCUGGCAGACCUGCUUCUGAGACGGGGGGCAUGCCCUAAUGCCCGUAAUGCCGAAGGCUGGACCCCACUGCUGGCUGCCUGUGACGUCCGCUGCACGUCCCCGGUCGACGCUGAGGCCACCACCGCCCGCUGCCUCCAGCUCUGCUGUCUGUUGCUCUCAGCCGGAGCUGAUGCUGAUGCUGCUGACCAGGACAAGCGACGGCCCCUGCACCUGGCCUGUCGCCGCGGCCACGCGGCCAUCGUGGAGCUGCUCCUAUCCCACGGCGUUAGCGCCAACGCCAUGGACUAUGGUGGACACACGGCCCUGCACUGUGCUCUGCAGGGCCCAGCUGCGGCCCUGGCCCAGAGCCCAGAGCACAUGGUGCGAGCUUUGCUCAACCAUGGUGCUGUCCGUGUCUGGCCUGGGGCCCUCCCCAAGGUGCUGGAGCGCUGGUGUGAGUCUCCGAGAACCAUUGAGGUCCUGAUGAACACCUACAGUAUCAUGCAGCUUCCCGAGGAGGCCAUGGCCCUGGUGCCUCUUGAAAUACUGCAGAAGCACCACCGUUUCUAUUCCUCCCUUUUCGCCUUGGUGAGGCAGCCCAGAUCGCUGCAGCACCUGAGCCGCUGUGCGCUCCGUGCUCACCUGGCCGCCUGCCUGCCCCAUGCCCUGCCCCGCCUUCCCCUGCCAUCCCGCCUGCUCCGCUACCUGCAGCUGGACUUUGAGGACGUGCUCUACUAGAUGUCUGUCCACUGCCUUUUGAGAGACCUGAAAGCAGAUGCCCCGGGGGCUCCGGUCUGCGGCUCUCAGCAGCCCCCAGCCCAGGACUGAGUUGAACUGAUUCGGGCCGAGGUGGCUCUGUCAGCAGGAGGUCCAGCUCCUCAGGCAGAUGUGGAUGCUGCCAUCCCUGCCGGGGAGAGAGAAACAGACCAUGCAGCCAGGUGAUGUCUAACAGAGAGACAACUGGCACUUGUGGCAAGUGAGGAACUCCUCUUGGUGGUCUCCUCAGGCACCCCUCCAGCCCAUCCGAUCCCUGUAUGAGCAUUAAAAAUCUGCAGGCCUGUGUUG